AUGGGAAAUCACAGCUGCUCCGUCUGCUUCUACCUUACCGAGCAAAAGCCUGCAGGAUGGAUUCCAGAUCCACUGUUGUGGUGCUUCGAAGAUCAACGCGCGAAGGGCAAUAUUGGAAAACGACAGUUGAAAAAAAUCGAAAAAGGUCGAAAGUUUCCCCCCAAAAGGCGCUGCGUGCUUUUGGAACUCCCAGCCGAAAUCCGCACUCGAAUCUACACAUACCUCUUCACCUCAUCUAGAGUCACUUUCGGCAAGAGGGGUAUCGACUUGGGCAGGGCAAAUACCAUGAAGCCUGCACCUCAUUCUUUGGCCAUUCUCCGUGCUUGUCGAAAAACCAAACAAGAAGCAGAGUCUCUUUGGCUCGGGAUGAUUCUGUUCUGUUUCGAAAGCCCGGUGCCUAUGCUUGAUAAACUCUCUACGCUUCCUUUGAGUACUCUUUCGGAGAUCCGCCAUAUGCGUGUCGGUGGGGGUGAGUUGAAGUUGUGUCAUCCAGGUGAUCCCUAUCCCAUUUUUUACAGUAUUCCCUGGGUCCUCAAGUUACUCCCUGGUUUACAACUAAAUACACUUACCGUCCUUGAGCCGGUCCUCGGCCAUGCGUCCUAUACUAUGUUGAGCGAAUUCAUUCAACAUGGCACUGGUUGGAAGAAGCUCUACUUCAUCACCCCAAAUUCCAACAUGCUUGGUUUUGAAAUAGUGAUGUUUUAUGGUGGUGUGCCCCCAAUCUUACGCGAACCUCAACCAAGCACCUGGAAAACAGUUCUAUCCAGUCGGGAUGGGCCUGAUACCGGAACGUCUGUCAGUAUUUAUCGGUCAACGCAGUCAGAUUCCCCUGGGGCUGUUCUCGACCCGCAGACACGCGAGCCUUUCGAGCAGAAAAAGAACCGCAGAAAGCGAGGAAGGUUUGGCUUGGCUGCAGACCAAUCCUUGACAGCUGAGGGUGAGGCUGAAAAAGAGUUACUGGUUAUUGUCAAACGCGGACAUGACGUUGACAUCGUAGAAGAAGUGAACCCCCCCUACCUCCCUAAAGACAUUUGGAGUUGGACACGGGCUAUGAGUUGGGCAGAAAUUCGUCGUGAGUGUUACGACAACACAAUACAACUUUAUGAAGAUCGACACUAUCCUGGAUGGGAUCAAGGUGUGGAGAUUGAUUCAUACGAUAGGAUUGACGAAUAUACAUGGAACGCCGCCAACCACUAG